CGCUGUUUGCAUCGUCCCAUGUGAGGAUGAGAGGCACGUCAUCGUCGUCGACUUCCAUUCUUAAUACACAUAAAACAUCAUUACGUAUCCCGACAUAAUUAGGCAAAUAUAGUUGUAAAGCUAGCUAGCUAGCUAGCUAUGUGGGUACACGGGAGAAGUGCACAGCGGUAAGGAGCUAACGCUAACGUGAAGCUAACAAGUCAACUACCGAGAGAAAACAAGCAAUGGAUAUCAAUGACAGCAUGUCUGAUGUUCUGCUGCUGGAGAGGGAGAGAGACAAGGAUAGCCCACCGCGCUUGUCCCCCAGUCUGCAGCAGGACGACGACUGGGAAGCUGGUCUCGUCAAUGAGGUGCCACAGCAGAGGCUUCUUUCUGCCGAGGCCCAGACUGUCUCAAACAUUCUGGAGAACUGCAUCAGUCAAAUAGAGAUCGUAUCAUCCCUUUCUGGCUUCUCCCAAUUAGCUUGUCCAUGUGGUGAUGUAGAAGAGGAGUUUACCAGACUUCUCGCUGCGCAUCAAAUGUUAAGCGAAAGGCUGGAAUCUUCCAAUGACUUCCAGGAGAUCAUUGGUGGACCGGCGGGAGAAGAAAGUGCCAGAAGGAAAAGGAAGGCUCAGCUAGAGAGGGAAUUCAAGUACUCUGUCAGGGACUUGCUCCGGUUUUUCCGCAGCCACCCUGACACCCUUUUGGGUUUGAGACCAGAGGUUAGCAUUGACGUCGGGGAGAUGGAGUCCACACUCGUAGUGGGACUGAAGAAAUUUCAUGUGCAUAUGAUGGAAAGGUUGCAGACCACCCCAGAAGAGGAAAUUAUGUUAGCCCUUGAGACCGUGUCACCUGACACGGAACUUAUAGUCAAACUAGAAGAAACGGCAGCAGCUAUCAUACAAAAAGAUGUGGAGAUUUCCGAGAAGACAGAUGACAUCCAAACUUUGGAGCGUCUUCUUAAGGAGAACCAGAUAGAACCAGUUGACUGGCAGCUUCUCGCUGAUGAACAAUGCCAGUCCAUCAUCAAGGCGUCGCAAGAGAAGCAAACCAGCAUCCAGCAGGAAAUAGACCGACUCAACAUCCGAAUCCACACUUCGACACUUAAAUUCAGAGAGGGGGAGAAAACACUCCAAGAGAUAAAUGAAAAUGUGGAAAUGGAAAUUGAGUACUUGCUCCAAAAGUUUGACGAUGAAAUAGAAGAACACCAGACUGAACUGGAGUUAUGUCAGAUCGAUGUCGAGAGGGAAGAGGGGGAACGUAAAAGGUUGGAGGAGCCUUACGCAGACCUGGAGAAGGAAUAUGACCACAUCAUGGAGAGGCGGCGGAUUGCAGAUGAGAAAAGAGUUUCUGAGUGCAAGCUCAAGGUUGCUCUCUAUUGUCAAUCAUGGUGGAGGGGCUACUGUACUCGUAAGAUGUUACUCGCUAACCCCAUCAUACCUAGUAGUAAGGGCAAAAAGAAAGCCAAGGGCAAGGGCAAAGGUAAAGGCAAAGGCAAGAAGAAGAAAUAGUCCAGAUUUUAAUGUCAUCGAAUGCCACUCAACUUUUCCUGCUUUAGUUUUGAAGCAAGGAAAAGUCUGCUUUAUAAACCCUUUUCAUUAAACUAGCUAUAAAGCAAAUGGAAAUGAUUUUGGUAAUCUUAACUGACCUAAAGCAGGAAAAGUUUAGUCUGAGUCCAGACAGUGGGAAAAAAACAAGCAUUUUUAUCUAGUGUAUAUUUACACUUUUUGGUUGGUUUAUGCGGUCAACCUAUACCUUGUACUAUAGUAAUACCCCUUUCAGGGACAGUGGUCACUACAGAGGACAACUUACAUAUUAUAUGUAUCAUUGAAAUGAUUAAUUACAUAUAGUAUAUUUUAUAUUACAGUAUUUUACUGUAAUAGUUUUCUGAGUUUAUAUAAUGUUAUUAAAAGCUACUUAAAUGACUAAAAAUGGAUGUACACGCUAAAGUAGUUUUUUGUCAUAGUGUUUAAUUCAUUACAUGUCAUUAACGGUGAUAGAUUUCCAGUUCAUUUAAACUGGGAGGACUGGCCGUGAAUGCUGAUCUUUCAAUGCCAUUGGCGGUGCUAGACAUCCAAUCUGUGUUCAUUCGCCCCUCUCAGUCAAAAGGGAUUAGAUGUCGAGCGCUGUCAAUGACACUGAAAGAUAAGCAUGAUGAGUUAAAUGAGUGCCUUGUAAGGGUAGAAAAAAAAAAAAUAUUUUUUAUAUGAAAGGGUUUAGUGACCUUUCUUCCCAGUGAAAGACAAGCCAAGCAGCAGAUAUACACAAAAUUGUAGUAGAAAGGAAAGUCUGAGCUUUUUCCAAGUUUUUCCACCUCACAUUUACCAAGUAAGCUUGUAUUAAAGUUGUUUAGCGGAGGAUUGAUAAACUAGAACACAAAUUACCCACCAGUUGCUGUUUCCUUGUUCAACCACAUGAUGGCAACAUGGGACUGUUGAAUAGUGAUCCAACGUCAGCCUCCUAAAAUGAAGAGAUAGCGAGAACGAAAAGUGGUAUUUGACAUGUGGCAAAAUGGCUUUUAGCAUAUGGCAUUUUUUUGGCAUAUGGCAAAAUGGCUUUUGGAAUACGGCAUUUUUUGGGGGUAUAUUGCAAAAUGGAUUUUGGCGUAUGGCUUUUUUGGUAUUUGGCAAAAUGGCUUUUGGAAUAUGGCAUUUUUUGGGGUAUAUAGCAAAAUGGAUUUUGGCAUAUGGCUUUUUUUUUGGUAUAUGGCAAAAUGGAUUUUGGCAUAUGGUCGUUUUUGGUACAUGGCAAAAUGGCUUUUGGAAUACGGCCUUUUUUGGGGUAUAUAGCAAAAUGGAUUUUGGCAUAUGGCUUUUUUUUGGUAUAUGGCAAAAUGGAUUUUGGCAUAUGGUCUUUUUUGGUACAUGGCAAAAUGGCUUUUGGAAUACGGCAUUUUUGGGGGGUAUAUGGCAAAAUGAAUUUUGGAAUAUGAUAUGGAUUUUUUGGGUAUAUGCCAUUUUUUGGCGUAUGACAAAAUAGCUUUUGGCAUAUGGCAUUUUUUUCGGUUUAUAGCAUUUUUUUGGUAUAUGGCAAAAUAGCUUUUGACAUACGGUAGUUUUUUUUUGUAUAUGGGAAAAUAACAUUUGGCAUAUGACUUUUUUGGGGGGGGGCAUAUGGCAAAAUUGCUUUUGGCAUAUGGCUUUUUUUUUUUUUUUUUUUUUGUAUUUUAGCUGGACAUGCAUGUCCAUGCAAUUGACGGCCAUGCAUGUCCAAAUUUCCCAUUCAUUUGAAAUGGCAGAAAAACGUGUGAUUUUUGACCAUACAUUUACCAUUAUAAUAGUUUUCUGUCAUUGAAAAUGGAUGGGAAAUUUGGACGUUCAAGGCUGUCAACGGCAUCACCUUACUUGGGUGCCAGUUUUGUGUCAAUGUGCUGUAAAAGCCAUAUUCCCCCCCAAAAAAACAAAAAAACCACCGUAUGCCAAAAGCCAUUUUGCCAUAUAAAAAAAAUGCCAUAUGUAAAAAAAUGUCAUAUACUAAAAGCCAUUUUGCCAUAUGCCAAAAGCGAUUUGGACAUAUACUGAAUACCACUUUUCGUUCUCGGCUCUGCAGGUAAAAUGUGGUGAUAAGCUACAAUUAGAGAAGUAGAGUAGGGGGUAACAAAAACAGGGAGCCAGAACAGCCCCUUAAAUGCUAUCAAAAUAUGUCUAUGCCACUAAAUUUAUAAAAAAUAAUCAUAUCUCGUGUGGGCCUAGCAAUCCUCCUAAUGGCUUGAAACUGAAGGGAGGGUUAAAUGUCAUACAGCGACAGGAGUCAUUCAACAUGAAUAAAUCUCACGGACAGGUUAAUAUUUAUUAUAUUUUAUUACCGUUUGUGAGUUAAUUUUCUAAUAAUGUAGGACAAAAAACAGACAAAAUCUUAAGCAUUUUAAAUUCACCCUGAAAACUCAAAAAGUGGAUAUCCACCCAAUCUAAACUUUGUACCAGAGAUCUGUAAAAGUAUUUCUCUGCAAACUACAGAUAUCAUUUUUUUUGCGUUUCUAGGUUUUUCUUCGAAAUAUGUUGAAUUUCUUUUGCUGUAUACAUAUACCUCUCAAAAGUCUUAGAUUCCUUUAGAAUUCAGCAAUCUGAUAAGAUUUUGUAGGUAAGAUUAUUUCAGACGUACGUAUAUUUUUUUUGUUUAGAGGGAUCAUACUUGAUUCAAACAAUAACAGAAAAUGCCUGUUUUAUGGAAAUGCCUUGCUGUAUCUUGAUAUUUUUGGAAGUCAUAUUUGCUAAUUAAAUGCGAAUUGUCUUUUUUUAGAUACAGUAUACAUACAUUGUGACAUUUUUUUUCAUAACAAGUUUAUGUGAUUCCAUAUACUGUAGCAUCCACCAUUUCAUAAGUAUACAAAAAAUCUUGCACACAGUAGAUUUAGAAAUUAAAGAAAUAAAAGCAAUAAUACACAACAAGUCAAAAUUAAAUACUGUAAUGUUUGAUCAUCUCAGCAUCAUUCUUGUGUGAGCUACUUUGAUGUUGUCUGACAAUGUCCUUGUGGUCCUG